UGAAAAAGCGAAAUUGAUUUUCACUGUGAUGUGACUGCAAAAUCUCUUGGUUGUUGAACUCCACGAAAAUGUUGAUACUGGAUAUCUUUGAUUAGUUUCUUAGUUAUCUGGGAUUGACGCAGUUAGCAACCAAAAUAAAACAAUGAGAUGUGAUUAGAUGUGUGCGUUUGGUUCCCAAACAAAUGACAUAGUGCGGUGUAUGCAGUUGUUUCGCGUUGUGGAUGGAGGUUUCACACAUAAAUACGAAAUGCAUUAUUUAUAGUUUUCUGUGAGAGAACUUUAGUGUGCAAUCAGUUUUGUUGUAGUGCGAAUAGUGAAUAUAAUAAUGAGCGUCACUCAAGUUCAAGGAGGUUUGAGCAAACUAAAGAAAAAACACUUUAGAGUUAAACAUCAAAAAGUCAAGCUCUUUAGGGCCAAUGAACCGUUGUUGUCAGUAUUUAUGUGGGGUGUGAAUCAUACUAUUAACGAACUAAGUCAUGUUACGAUCCCGGUAAUGCUACUGCCAGAUGAUUUCCGAGCCUAUUCCAAGUUGAAAGUGGACAACCACUUGUUCAACAAGGAAAGUAUGCCCAGCCAUUUUAAAGUGAAGGAAUACUGUCCAUUAGUUUUUCGGAAUCUCAGGGAAAGGUUUGGCAUCGAUGAUGUCGACUACAAGGAAUCAAUGACACGAUCUCAGCCUGUUGCAAUUGAUUCUCCUGGAAAAAGUGGAGCAAAGUUCUACCAGUCGUAUGAUCGUUUGUUUAUAAUAAAAUCAUUAACAAGCGAGGAAGUGGAACGCAUGCAUUCAUUCUUGAAGCACUAUCAUCCUUACAUUGUGGAACGACACGGGAAAACUCUGUUACCUCAGUAUUUGGGAAUGUACAGACUGACAGUUGAUGGAGUGGAGCAUUACCUUGUUGUCAUGAGAAACGUGUUUAGCAACCAUCUCCAAAUACACAGGAAAUUUGAUUUGAAAGGUUCCACAGUGGAUCGAGAAGCCUCUGACAAAGAAAGGGAAAAGGAUUUGCCGACACUUAAAGAUAAUGAUUUUGUCAAAGAAGGGAUGAAAAUUUACAUUGGUGAUGAUGCGAAAGAGAAAUUGCUGGAAACACUAACUGCAGAUGUUGAGUUUCUCACAAAACUGCAUCUGAUGGACUAUUCGCUACUCCUUGGGAUCCAUGACUGUGCAAGGGCUGAACAAGAAAAUCGAGAACGAACAGAUCUGGAAGAAGAAGAAAAUAAUGGCAUGGAAGAGGAUGAAGAUUCCGAAAGUGGAUCAGCGGUGGAGAAAGGUGCUGUAGACAGAGCAUGGGGACCUUUAUCAUCUCCGCCUGAUUCGCCUCAUGCGGCACUUAUGCGAGAGUCAAGUAUUCAGUAUGAAGGUGGAAUUGUACCAGAGUUGGAUAUAUAUGCCAUACCAAGUUCAGAAGGUGCUCCCAUUAAAGAAAUUUAUUUCCUGGCUCUGAUUGAUGUGUUAACACAUUAUGGUGUCAGGAAACAGGCAGCUAAGGCUGCAAAAACUGUGAAAUAUGGAGCAAAUGUUGAUGGCAUAUCAACAUGUGAUCCAGAGCAAUAUGGGAAGAGGUUUAUUGAUUUCAUGAGCAAAGCUAUUGAGUAAAUGCCAAGAAACCAAGCCUUCAUCGCAGUUUUCCUGUGGGAGCCUUCAAAAAGAAAAUUAAGAAAAAAAAAAUAGUUCAACAGAUCUGAAACAUCGCCUUAUGAUGUGCAUUAGAAGCUAUCACGCAAGAACAGUUUCAUAUAUCUUAGCUAAUAGUGUUUCCAGUGACUUGUGUGCUGCACGCACUUCCAAAGAUUAGUGAAGAUAGAUUGACAGCUGAGGAGAUUGUCUUUGCUCUUGAAUUUGGCUGUCUUUAAAGUACCAGAAAUAUUUUCAAGUGAAAAUGCAUUAUGUUUGUUUUUGUUUUGUUUUUAGUGACAGUUUUAUAACUAAGCUUUUUAUUUUUAAAAAGCUGUUAUUUGACAUCCGUGAUGCUUUUAGAAUAACAUUUAUAAUCUUGGCACAAUAUGUCACAUUUUUAUGCAGUAGCUAAUGGACAGUGAACAGAUUUUAACAUCUUUGCAUAUCACAUCAUGCACAAACAGGACAAAGUUUCUACAUUAAAGGGCCAUAUUUUUCUGCAUCUUGAUAUACACUGUAAUAUGUAUCCAUUUAAUCAUCAUCAUCAUCAUCAUCAUCAUCAUCAUCAUCAUCAUCAUCAUCAUACUAUCAUCAUCAUCUUCAUGUUCAAAUCACAGUGAUGUGCGAAGCAUAAUUGUUUUCUUUCAUUAUUUCUUGUAUUCUUAACAGAGGAGGAAGGUGUGAAAUUCCAAGUGUUCAAGAAAUAAUUUUGUGAUGAUUUUCCCAGAUUUCAUUUGAAUUUUAAAUGUGUGUUAGUGGACUGAACUCAGUAUUCUAUUUGUUAUCCAUCCUUUUAGUAACUUGUAUUCUGUUAAAUGGAAACAUUCUAUGUGAAGGAAGCAUAGAAGUGUAAAAGUUGGCAGGAUGGUUCCUGCAUGCCAUAAAAGUUGAAAGUCCUGUUAGAACUGGUGAUAGCUCAUUUAUAACUAUAGUAGCCAAGUGAUAUUGUGUUUUAUACUUGUUUCUGAUGGAGAUUUUGAGUGGAAAUAAUUUAACUUGUGCUACUACCUCCUCCCCACCCCCUCCCCCUCUAUACAUGGGAAAAUAAUUUAUUUAUUUUGAAGAGUGGAUCAAGGUAUUUUCACUAAAUGUUAUGGUUUUCAUAUUGUUAUUUAAUGUUGCAAUAUUUUUAGUUAUGUCCAUUUUGGAAUUUACACCAGUAAUGAUACAUGGGACAGUAAAGGAAUUUAAAGUUUCUUGCAAGUGUUUGUGCAUUCCAGCAGACUGAAAAAAGUGAGAGUUGUAGUGUGGCAAGUAAGGAUCGCUCUUUUAUUGGAUUGAAUGAGGAGGGACAAUGGUUUAGCCACUGGACUUGGAUUGAGGAGGAGGGCAGUUCAAAUUCCUGAUGGGCCUCCAGAUUUGCAUUUUUUGUCCUUUCCUAAAGUCUUUAUUCAUAUGAAGAGGACCAUGUCUUAUUUCCUUCCUCAUUGUUUCGCAGUCCAAGCAUGUGCUCAGUCUCUAAGGACAUCAUUGUUGAUGGGACCUUCUACUCUAAUCUUCCUUCUUAUACAGAAGAAUUUCAAAACCCUAAAAAUAUAAAUGGGAGACAUGCUCUCAGUUUUUAGUUCUUUGAUGUGAGAUAAGUAAUUGAUCAGAUAAGAGACUACAGUGUAGAGCCCAGAACUAGUGCCUGUUGCUUCAUUUCAUCUUAGAUGGCCCAGACAGAAAGCUGAUGUCAUUCAACAAUUAAAAUCACACAGGUACACAAUGAAAAAGUUCUUUCUAUGUAUUUCAGUGACAUUCUCGUAGAAUUUUUUCAAAGCAAAUUCAUAAUUUGCUAGUGCCUUUCUUUAUUUGGCAAAAUCAUGUUACAAACUCCUGACUGACUUGAGUAUCCUACAAUUUUACAUUAGAUGUUUGAAGGGGGUUGCUGUAGCUACAUUUUCUGCUGCUGAUAACAAUGACAGGUCCACCUUCCUCAAAAAUAAGAUGUACUUUUCCUGCUUCUUUAUAACAUAUUGGUUAGACCUUCUGUAAUAUCAGCACAGCAAGAAAGUUAAAAAAUUAACGAGAGUAUUUUCAGAAAGAAAUGGAAUGUGAUUCAUAUUUGUUGUCAUUUAAAUUGAUGAUGCUGUUCUUCUGGGUUCCAGCACUGGCAUUUUGUGUGUGUGUGUGUGUGUGUGUGUGUGUGUGUGUGUGUGUGUGUGGAGAGAGAGAGAGAGGGAGAGAGAGAGAGGGGUGGGGGAAGCCAUCGAGAAGAGUGGAUCAAGGGGUAAUAUCAGAGGGAAAUGGAACUGAGGUAGGGGGGAGGGAGGGGAAGGAGGUAGGAUGCGAGGAGACGGUUGGAGCACAAGUAAGAAGGUUCAAGGAGGAGCCUUUUACAAAGUGGAAAAUUGACAAAGUGUACUUUGUUUUUUGUUGUCUAGUCUAAAUAUUUCUUAUUACACAUUUUAUAAGUUCUAUAAGUGAAAAAGCAUGUGACUUAUAUUACUUUGUGAGUUACUUAUGACAAUCAAGACCCACAGUGCAAUUUUUUUAUUUUUAUGGUUUCUUUUAUUUUUAUGCAGAGCUUGUACUUUUCAAGUAUAUAGAUCGAUGUCCAUAUUUCUUUUGUUUAACAGAAGUUGAUGGAAUGUUGGGAAUUUUGAAGAAGAAUCCAUAAUUCCUAAAGUUUGAGUAUAUUGUCAAUAUUUUGUCUUUUUCUUUAGUUUUUUUCAAAUAGUUAAGAAAUCGAGAAACUUGGUGACCAAAAUUCAAACAAUUUGACUCAGCAGUAACGACAUUUCACAGAUAGUAGGCUCACUGAAUUUGUUUCCAUGUAAGUCUGCAACACAUGUAGACAUGCAGUAUGUUGAUAUUGAACACAGAAAAUUGUAAAUGCCAAUGUCACAACUACUUCUGUCUCAUGGUACAUAAUUUGUGUAACGCAUUGUGUAAUUACAGAUGCUUUUUGUGAUCCUCGUGAGGUCAUUGCCUCUGUGUUUUGUAAUUAUCUGUAAUUACAUAAUUCAAACCUGUUUGUCGUUUAAUAAAUAUUGACAUUUGUUGUUAGUUAUUUGUUUUACAAAGUUUGUAUACUGAUUUUUUGUCAAUCACUGUAAUAGUAUUUUGUAUGUUAUUUGCCAACGAAAUGUGAACAGUUGGAGAAAUUUUAGUAUGUCUUCAAUGGAAAGUACUUAAUGAACAACAGACUGAGAACACUGUUCAAUAAAUUAAUAGUGGAAGAAUUUUUCACCACUCUGAUUUCAAGUAUUUCCUUUACACUAUCAUUAAAGAAAGGAACUCUAAUGUCUUAGGAAGAAUUAUAUUUCUGUGUCUUUAGAAGCAAUGCUAUAUAAUGAAUUCAAAGAUAUUUAUUUCUUUACCCCAUAUUUAUAAUCAUUUAAGCAAUUUUAUUUUUUCUUGUUAAUUAAUUUUUUGUACUAAUGUUAUGCUUGUAAAAAUUCUGUUUUCACAAAGUUCAUGUCCAUUCUGUGAAGACAGAAUGGAUAGAUGCAUAAUCCUUGUAUGCAACUGUUGAUAUACUAAAUGUCUUGUACCAAGUUUGAUCAUGUGGAUCUCAAGUGAAAUUGUAGAAAUGAAACUGAAGUUUGGAAACAUAAUACAGGCACUUGCUCUUUAAUAAGUUCUUACACAAUUCUGAUACAAGGAUGUGGCAAAAUGGCAUAGCUUCUGAAGAAUUCAUCCUUUGUCAAGUUUUAUAUUGUAUCAAUAUAUUUUGCUAGAAUUCGAAUUGUGAUUAAACCAACUUCUCAUUGAACAACAAGGUGCUAAGUCUGGCAAAUCUAGUAUAUGGGAGACAACAGCCAUGAAUUGUUUCAUAAAUACAUCAUGUUUUUAUUUUUAAUGGUUGUCAUGGGAAAGGUUCAUGUGGAAGAAAGUAAUCAAUUUCAUACAGUC